AUGAGUGGUAGACUCCAUUCAUUACUCAGCUGGUCUUCAGCGAACAACAUUCACAUCGACCCUCGCAUUCAUCUAGUCGACGACCCCCACACAGGCAUCGCUAUUUAUGCGGACGAGUUUAUACCCCCAAACAACACUCUGGUAUCCAUUCCAAAGUCUGCUAUUCUCUCGGUGCGCGCAUGUUCGGCGGCGGAACGAAUCUCCUUCGUUCCGUACGGUCACGACGCGCAACUAGCCCUAGCCCUCGCACUACACAUUGAGCUCCUGCGAGAGUCCAAGUCGCGAUGGUCUGGGUACUUGCAGUCCUUGCCACAAGAACUCGUGCCGAUUGCAUUCUUUUGGGGCAUGGAUAAAUCAUCGCCGUCGAUGGACAGUUUUGAAGCCAAAGAGUGGCUCAUUGGUACUGGAAUCGAGAAGGAAUUGUUGCACGAGGGAGGCUCGGCACUCCUGGAUGAGAUAACUGCGUAUUAUGAAACAACCGCCUAUCCUCUGAUAUCUGCGCUGGCACUCGCUAGUACACUGCAUGGCUUCUUGCAUGCCUAUUCGCUUGUUUCUUCUCGUGCGUUCCUCGUCGACGCAUAUCAUGGAUUGUCCAUGGUUCCAAUCGCAGAUGCAUUCAAUCACACCACGGAUAAUAAUGUUCAUCUCGAGAGUAAUUUUGAUGUUUGUCCCACCUGCGGCUCCCUCGCUGAGUGCCCACAUGACCGGGAUGAUCAGGUUGUUAUCGUACAAUCGGACCCAUUGUCAUCAUCUAUCUCGUUUUCGGCAACGACAUAUAGCGACGUCGAUACAUGCGACAUGGUUAGCGUUCGCGCUAUCGAGUCAUCAACUGAAAUUUUCAACACGUAUGGCUCCAAACUUGGAAACGCAGCCCUCCUUGUACGAUACGGGUUCGCUCUGGAGGGAAAUGAGAACGACUUUAUCUCCUGGGACCUGGCCGAGAUACUGAACUUAGCUGCACCCCAAUCUAUCCACGAUGGGCUGAAUAUCCCCGCCAUCUCCCCCGUCGCGUUCGCUGCGUUGUUCAAGUCCUGCAUGUCUAUGUGGACGAGCUCGAGACACUCAUUCGCAAUGGAUGACAGCAGCCUUGUGUACCGACCGGACUGUGACUCGAAAACAGAACGCAGCUGGCGCUACGAAGGACUAUGCUCAUUACUGCGUAUCAACAGCGACGCCCAGAUAAGCAUCCAGCUGUGGCUGUGCGCGGUUUUGUGUACUAUUAUACAAAAUGAUUUUUUGACGAGAAGCGAGCUUACGGCAUUACUGCAGACAAACGAUGCGUCGCUAUUGAACAGACUCGUUCUGUUCUUCGGUGAGCUGACGGAGUUGCAGCUGCGUGUCGAACGUGUUGUCUCCUCGAGUUCGGACGGCGAGUUUGCUUAUGAUACCCGAGGGAAAGAUCCAAUGAUUAAUGGAACGGUGCGUUAG